UCCAAUUCACCUAAUUCUCUAGUGAUAAAAGGGGAGCUGAGCACAAGCUCGACAUACCUUUGAAUGUGGUGUUGAAAGGGAGAUUUCGAUGAGAAACGAUUUGCCUUUUCGAGAAGCAAUCGACAGACAAAGUGGCCUCAAAACAGAGAAUAACAAGAAGAAAGCAGAUGAUGGACUCGAGGAAAGAACCAAAGCUCAAAAGCAAAAGAAACAGAAACCACUGGAAAUGCUGCACCUUCAACAAAGAAGCAACGAAAGAGAAGAAAAACUCCACAGGAAGAAACAAAAGAAAGAGCAAAGGAGAAAUUCGUCCACUUCAGAAAAAAAGAAGCGUUCCAGCGCCAAAGUGCGGCUCGGUCAGGCGCGUCACUUUUUCUCACGCACUACGGCCACGCAGUCAGUGCCGUUGUGUGCGCUGUGCGUGCAUUAAUGACGCCAUUGACCGCGUGCAAAGGCGUUUGUGCUUGUGUGAUACGUGUAUCCGGUACGUGAACGCGCUGUCGACGCACACAACAGCAUCCCCUCGUAUUUUGCUCUGCGUUGGGUUUACGUCCGCGGGUUUAGCCCAAUGCGGCGAUGAUCUCCGCGAAGCACACGUGUUGCGAUAAAAAUAUUUUUCUGAUGUUUUU